AUGGCCUGGUCUCGUGGUUUGACCGGAGUUAGAAAUGUGUUUGGUGUUGGCCGAUCGGUGGCUAGAUACAGAUCGAAAACUGCCGAGUUGCAGUCAGAAGUCCCACAACAAUACUUGCAAAGCCUAACAAAGCUCCGAUAUUCAAGCUAUCUAGAGAGCUACAACAGCUUCGUGCUACUGCGCUGGCACAGUGGUAAGUACAAAACAUCGCAAAAAGACUUGCUGUGGAGGUCAUUUUGCCAAGAUAUCAGCGCGUUAUUCCCGCCCAAAAACGAUUGCGACCCCCUCGUGGCGCCAUCGCCGGUUUUUUUCGGAACACCGCUCAAUGUCCCCACUAUGGAUCAGUUACUAGGCUCGGACCCGAUAAGUGACGAGUCGGAGUGCUUUUGUUCUUUCCAGCACCUUUCCUCGCAGGAUUCAGCUGUUGCGCUACGCAAAUAUUUGGAAACUGCAACGAAAAAAUCAAAAUACGGCCCGAGGUUUACACCCAUUGCAGUUGGCAUGAACCUGAGCUCUUCGCAAUCGCCGGCCACCUCGCAUAUACAACCACUGCUGGAAGAGUCUUUUCCAGUAUAUCGAGAUCUGAACUACGAAAAACUCUUGGAUAUCGCUAAACGCAUUCAGCCAGCCGAUUCUGACCCGAUGAAAGCUCAAGUGAAGAAACUUCUGGAAACACUCGCAGAAAUUGGAUUGUCGAUACCGCGUCGAACCAAGCGCGAUGGAUGGCUUCUCUUCACAUCAGACGUCAAACCCUAA